GUUUUUAAUAUCCAAACUUUUUGUUUUCUAGUUUGAUAACUUAACCAAUUAUUUUGCUUUUAGUACAUUAACUUUAAACAGUGUUAACUUUAAUAUCCAAUUUUUCUCAUUUUAAUCAAAUAUUUAUAAGUUUCAAAGAAUUUUUUAAAAAAUCUCCAAAAUUCAGGAAAAUCUCUUUACAGUUUUUAAUUUUAUUAAAGUUUUAGGUAUAAGAGUACCUAAACUAUAAAUAAUCGCAAAAUUUUGGAAUAAUUUUUAAGAUUUUGUUUUCUGAAAUUUUAAACUAAAUUAUAUUUUCAUUCAAAAUCAAGCUUUUAUGAAUCUUAAAAUUUUAUGACAAAAAAAUGAAUCUUAAAACUGAAAUAUUUUAUUUCCUAAAACUUAAACUAAGACUAAUUUUUUUAAAUAUUUUUCUUUUAAGUUUUAGAGAUUUUAAACUUUGUUUAAAUUUAUUACUAUUUAUUAUUAAAAUCAACAGAAUUUGAGUAUGAAAAUGAGUAUAUUGUUAAGUUUUAAGUAUUAAAAUGAAAAUAAUUAGUUAAGGUAUUAAACCAGAUAGCAAAAAAAUGGAUAUUAAAAACUUAAUAAAAAAUUAGAGAUUUAAGUGGAAUUGUUUCUAAGUAAAAUAAAGAAAUGAACCUCUUUGUAUAAAUAAAAGUAUUUUUGUAGAGUAUAUUAAUAUAUGUAACAUAUAUAUAAAAUUAUCUGGAAAUAAUCAAUUUUCAAUAGGCCACCACCACAUAUUUACACUGUCAACAUUAUAACUAAUUUUUUUGGUUCAGUUUCAUACUUUUUAUUUAUCAACGUGAUGACAAAUAGGUCUCAGACUCUCAGAAUUCUUUUUUUGAUCAAGCAGAAAAGCUUCAAUCUCUCCAUGUUUUGCCUACAAAAACCGGAGGAGCAUCUUCUCCUGUAUAAGUUGAAGCUCUGCUUGUCCAAUGUGAAGCACCUCCCUUCCAUUAUCAGACAUAACCAUAGACGACCAGGGAGGAUCAGAAACACUCAACUCUUGACUUGGUCUGACGAAUACACAUCCAUUUUAUGAUUUAUGAUUCUACAAACCAGCUAACAAAAAAUAAAAAACAAUCAUCUCCAGUGAUUAAGGAACCAACCUCGGAGAUUACCAAGACGACGGUGGUGGUAGUUGAAAGAGAUGGCGGGACAGUCGCGAAAAUGGAUGAUUCUGGUGGCGACGAUCUGGAUUCAAGCCUUCACUGGCACCAAUUUCGAUUUCUCGACGUACUCGUCGGAUUUGAAAUCGGUUCUAGGGAUAUCUCAGGUGCAGCUGAACUACCUCGCCGUGGCUUCCGAUCUCGGGAAGGUUUUCGGCUGGUCGUCGGGGCUCGCGCUUUUGUAUUUCCCUCUCUGGACGGUUCUCUUCGCUGCGGCGACAAUGGGAUUCGUUGGGUAUGGUGUCCAGUGGCUCGUCAUCACUAACGUUAUCUCCUUGCCGUACAUCCUGGUGUUUCUGUGUUGUUUACUAGCUGGGCUAAGUAUCUGCUGGUUUAACACAGUCUGCUUUGUGCUCUGCAUCAGAAACUUCCCUGCAAACAGAUCACUUGCACUUUCUCUCACAGUCAGCUUCAACGGCCUUAGUGCUGCCUUAUACACUCUUGCUUACAACGCAAUCAACCCUAUCUCCACACAGCUAUACCUUCUCCUAAACGCCCUUAUACCUCUCAUCGUCUCCUUCGCUGCUCUCAUCCCUAUUCUUCGCCAACCGCCUCUUGAGCCUCUCCCACCAGACGGAGUUCGUAGAGACUCUUUCAUGUUUCUCUUGCUCAACAUAUUAGCGGUUUUGAACGGUGUUUAUCUGCUUCUCUUUGGUUCGAAGACUUCUGGUGUAACCUCAGCUCGUCUCCUCUUUGGUGGAUCGAUUCUUCUCUUGAUUCUCCCUUUAUGCCUUCCUGGUCUAGUCUACGCUCGUAACUGGUAUCUGCACAAAGUCCACUCCAGUUUCCGUUUAGAAGGUUCUGGUUUCAUUCUUGUUGAUGUCGAUGAGCUUGAGAUACAUAAAGGAAUGGUCACACGUGAAGCUAGCUUCGACGGUUAUCAGUUGCUGAACGAUGAUGUAGUACUGCGAACAGCCAUUACUCCUGUUCAGAAGAGUUUCAUUGAAGAUGAAAACAACAGAUCCUGUUGCAGUAAUCUCAUUAGAAGAAACCAGCUUGGAAUGCUUGGAGAAGAACAUCCUCUGUAUCUGCUCUUGUGCAGAUCAGACUUCUGGCUUUACUAUAUAGCUUAUUUUUGCGGUGGCACGAUUGGACUUGUCUAUAGCAACAACCUCGGACAGAUUGCGCAAUCUUUAGGACAAAGCUCUGAGACAACAACUCUUGUCACGCUUUAUUCGUCUUUCUCAUUCUUUGGUCGGUUGCUUUCAGCAACACCAGACUAUAUCAGAGCGAAGUUUUAUUUCGCUAGAACCGGGUGGCUAGCCGUUGCUCUUUUCCCAACCACAGUCGCUCUUUUCUUGCUGGCAUCAUCAGGGAGUUUGUCAGCGUUACAAGCAGGAACAGCUUUAAUCGGUCUAAGCUCCGGUUUCAUUUUCGCAGCAGCUGUUUCCAUAACGUCUGAGCUGUUUGGACCCAACAGCGUCGGGGUUAACCACAACAUCCUCAUCACAAACAUACCGAUAGGAUCGUUGGUGUACGGUUUCUUAGCUGCUUUGGUCUAUGAAUCCCAUAGCACGGCUGGGUCAAAGACCGGGUCCGUUAUAUGUAUGGGGCGAGACUGUUAUUUCCUAACGUUUGUGUGGUGGGGAUGCUUGUCGGUGAUUGGGCUGGGCUCAAGUGUUGUCUUGUUUCUGAGAACUAGAAGAGCCUAUCAACGUUUUGAACAAGAUCGGAUAGCUUCAAGCAUGCUCUAUUCUUGAAAAUUUGAACUUCAAUCGUGUUAUAUUGAAGGAAAAGCUGAAAAUGACGACAAAAACUUGUGCAGAGCUUUGUUAGUGCACACGAGUUUUGAUAUUUUUAUUUUUGGCAGCAAUAAUAAGAAAGAGAGAUCUUAGGGACAUAAAGAAGGCUUUCAGUUUUGUGUUUUGUGUCAGUGAAUCAGUGAGUUGGAAUGGGGAAUUGUAACUUUGAGGGCAUUGGAAGCAACAUGUAAUACUUACUUCUGAAUUAACCUGACGAAUGGAGAGAUAGUAAAUAAAUCUUUGAAGUCCUCCAAAAUGUAACACACCGACUUCUUGGAUGGAGUGAGACCCACGAACCAAGAAAAUAAGCAUGCGAGUUCACUCGCUAUGCCAGUCCAAGCCUUAUAAUUCUAGUGAUAUCCAUCUUCGCUCUAAUCUUGGAAAGAAAUUCUAUAACUUUAAAUAUGAAAUUUUUUGCUUUUCAAAAAGGAAUUUCAAAACUUCAAAUUUUGGAUUUUAGAAUAUCUUUAAAAAUACUCUCUAUUUUGAAGUUUCAAGUUGUUUUUCUCCAAAAGCAAAAUUUCAAAUUUAACUUCAAAAUUAUUAUAAUUUACACUGCAAUCUUUAUAUUUGUCAUCAUAAUGAUAAAUCCAAAAUUUUUUUAUAAAUAACUAGCACAUAUACAAAAUACUACACUAAUAUUAAUUAAUAAAAUUUUACACUAAAAUAUAAAAUUAUAAAUAUAAAUACAGAAUUAAAUAUUAAACUACAAACAAAAUACCACAGUAUUCCAUAAAAGUAUUUUUGUAUUGCUCCAUCUUCGGUGACAAACAAAAUUUUGACAAUAUUUUAGAGGUUCCGGAGAAAAUUUGUUGUUGUAAUAUUUAAAUUUGUGUAGUAAUUAUGUUUUCAUGUAUCUUCUUAAAAAGUUUCUUAUUAAGUUUUUUUUUUGUAAUAUUCUUGUUAUCUAAUUCUAGUUUUAAAAUAUUAUAAAUUUUAUUUGAAAAUUUUCAUUUAAUUUUAUGUGUAAAAUUUGAAUUUAUAAAAAUAAAUUUAAAAUAUUUAUGAUAUACAAAAAUUUUAAAGAUUAAAACGAUAA